AUGUCUUCCGCUGAAGGGCUCGCACGAAAGCAGGAGGCUGACUUGACGCCCCAGUGUGACGAGGUCAUCCCCGCCGCAGAGCAGCUUGCAAAGGAGGGCAAGUUGCAGGAGGCCCUCGACAAGCUGUUGGCGCUGGAGAAGCAGGCCCGAAACGCCUCGGACCUUGCCUCGACCUCUCGCCUCCUCAUCGCCGUCAUCGACAUCCUGUUCUCCCAUUCCGACUACGCCCAGCUGAACACCUACCUCCACACUCUCUCGCGCAAGCAUGGUCAACUACGACAAGCGGUGCAGAAGAUGGUGGACAAGGCGAUGGAAUUUGUCGACAAGCUGGAGGGUGAGGACAAGCUGAAGCUGAUUGAGACGCUGAGGGAGAUCACGGAGGGUAAAAUCUACCUCGAAGUUCCUCGCGCCCGCGUCACCAAAACUCUCGCACACAUCAAAGAGUCCGCAGGCGACGUCAACGCCGCGUCCGAGCUGAUGCAGGAGCUGCAGAUCGAGACGUUCGGGUCGAUGGAGCGACGGGAAAAGGUCGAGUUCAUCCUCGAGCAGAUGAGGCUGUUGAAGGAGCAGGAGGAUUGGGAGAAGAUGGCGAUUGUGGCGAAGAAGAUCAACUUGAAGUGGUUGGCGGAGAAGGACCACCAGGACCUCAAACUGCGAUACUUCUCCCUCAUGAUCCUGUACUCUCUCUGGGUCGACAAAUACCUCGACGUCGCGAAACACUACCGCUCUGUCGCCGACACGCCCUCGAUCUCCGAAAACCCGGUGCUCGCUCAGGCUUGCCUGCGCAAUAUCGUCUACUUCCUCAUCCUCGCGCCCUACGACAACGAGCAGAACGACUUCCUGCAGCGGGUGUGGAAGGAUGACAAGCUGAAGGAGUCGAAGGACCUCUACGACCUCGUCAAGUGCUUCAUCGAGAAGCAGCUGCAACGGUGGCCGAACGUCGAGGCUUUGUAUGGCGAGGCACUGCGGCAAACGAAGGUUUUCGGACAGAAGGGGACGAAGGGCGUCGAGCACGACAUCGAGGAGGACGAGAAGCACGCGAAGGGCGACAAGCGGUGGAAGGUGCUGCAGGACCGGAUUGUUGAGCAUAACAUUCGCGUCGUCGCCGGCUACUACACCCGGAUUCCCCUCUCCCGCCUCGCUACCUUUGUCUCCCUCUCCGUCGCCGAAACCGAGCAAUUCCUCGCCCGCCUCGUCACCUCGAAGACGGUCUACGCCAAGAUCGACCGUCCUGCGGGCGUCGUCACGUUCGUCAAGCCGAAGACGGGCGACGAGGUGCUGAACGAGUGGAGCAGCGAUGUGCACAAGCUGAUGGGCCUCGUCGAGAAGACGUGCCACCUGAUCGCGAAGGAGCACGCCGUCCAUGCCGCUCUGAAGGCUCAGCAGGCGCGAGCGUGA